UCUUCACACACUCUACCCGCGCGCAGCUUCCUGUUCCAUCCCUCCACAGCAUCUCUUUCCGGCACAUCACACCUCUAAAUUGAUUCAGUCUAUUAUAAGCACUGUCGGACCGCUGCAGUACAGUAUUUUCUCCAUUGCACAUUGCCGAUUGUCAGGUCGUCUAUAAGGAUGAAGGGAGCGAAGCUUGCCGUGGUUAUAAGCGUGUUUUUGGCUUUCGUCCUCCUGACGGAUGCAGGGCGAAGCAAGAGAGACUCCAGCAGCCAGAACAGCUUCAGGAGAGCGGCCAGCGGUUUCUACCAAAUCCUCAGCAGUGUCUUCGGAGAGGAGAACAUCAGGGCGCUGUACAAGUUCUUUUCAAAAACUACAGAGAGGUUUGUUUAUGGAGUCGAUUCAUUGUUGGACACCUUAUGGAAACUGUGGGUGGAUCUGCUUGAUGUUAUGGGCAUUGACUCCUCUAACCUGACGCACUACUUCAGCCCAUCGUCCGUGUCCAGCUCUCCUGCUCGUGCUCUCCUCCUGGUGGCAGCCUUGCUGGUGGCUUACUGGUUUCUGUCCUUGUUCCUGAGCGGUUUCUUUUACAUCCUCCACGCGAUGUUCGGCCGUUUCUUCUGGCUGGCUCGCGUGGCCCUUUUCGCCCUCUCGUGCCUGUACAUUCUGCAGAAAUUUGAGGGUGACCCUGAGAAAGCGGUGCUGCCACUGUGCUUCAUCAUGGCUGUUUACUUCAUGACGGGACCAGUGGGAGCAUACUGGAGGAAAGGGGGUGGACCUGGAACUCUGGAGGAGAAGAUCGACCACCUCGAUACCCAGAUCCGCCUUCUAAACAUCCGCUUGAGCAGAGUGAUUGAAAACCUAGAGCGCUCAAGUGACCAAUGAAAUGAUUUUGUGGGAUGGGAUGAGAAGAAAAAAUGUUUUUUGUUUUGCCCCUUUUUUUCUCAGGAUGUCCCAACAUUUUAGUCAGGCACGAAUUGUAUGUGAUGUAUGGAAAUUUGAUAAAUUCCCCAGUUGAUAUGCUGAAAAAAGUCUAUUAGAUUCACCCUCUUGUCGUAGAAUGAUUAGUGUCCACUUCUACUGUAGCCACCCAUUUUUGAGUAAAUAUGGACUUUUUUGUA